CAUACAUACAUACGUACAUACAGGCAUACAGCCAAGAAAGGAAGAAACACAGGAAAAAAAAAACUGCUUUCUCCUUUCCUUGAUAGUUAGUUUGUUUCAGACUUGAGAGAAAUGACUUUCUAAUUAGCCAUGACCAUGAUUCUAUUGUGGAUGGGGUUCUUCGAAUGACAGUUUCAUAUAUAUAAGUAUUCAUGCAUUGAAGAUGUUAGUGACACUAGUACUGAUUGGAUUUUGGAACACAAAGGAAAAGAACCCUUGUUGGAGGUUCCUCUUCUUGUUUUUCAUAUUCAGGCUUCUCCUCUGUUUCGGCUCGUGAUCUCUUACUUUACAUUUUUCGAAUAAUAUAUAAAUGUUUUCUACUGAUGGAAGAUGGUCCCUUCAUACCUCUUUCAUCACACACCGCCAUUGAUUUCAAUUACAUGGAUGAACUCUUGUAUGAUGGUUUCUGGCUAGAGACCACCACCUCCACCCAUGAAUCCAACUUUAAUUGGCCGAAUCCUUCGACUCCCAUUACCCUCCUAACCGAUGAUUUAAAUCCCACUUCCUUCUAUUUUCCCACUUCAGACCCUAACAUUAAUAAUCCAAAUCAGCCCCGUUUCUUGCACGAAGAAACAGCAAUAUCAACUACUUUCGGUGAGCCUGCUCUUACUCACCUAGAGAUGGAUGAAUUUUCUGAAAAUGAGAACAGAAGAUUGUGGGUUGGUCCCAACAGAAAUCCCAUCUCGGUUAAGAAUAGGUUACUGCAGGCUAUCAACGGCCUCGACGCGUCUACAAGGGACAAGGAUGUCCUUAUUCAGAUUUGGAUUCCUGUUAAGAGAGGAACCGGACAAGUCCUCACUACCAACAACCAGCCAUUUUCCAUGAAUCCAAACUCCAAGAAUCUUGCAGACUACCGUGAUGUUUCUCAGAGCUAUCAGUUUGCAGCUGACGAGGACUCUAAGGAAUUCGUCGGAUUGCCUGGCCGUGUUUUCUUGAACAAGUUGCCUGAGUGGGCCCCCGAUGUUCGUUUUUUCAGGAGAGAGGACUAUCAACGUGUUAGUCACGCACAGCAGUACGAUGUUAGAGGGUCGCUCGCUCUUCCGGUUUUCGAACAGGGCAGUGGUGUUUGCUUGGGUGUGGUUGAGAUUGUGACGACUAGCCAGAAAGUCGAUUUUAGCCCUGAACUCGAGAGCAUCUGCAAAGCUCUAGAGUCUGUUGAUUUGAAGAGUUCCAACAUUCAGAAUCGUAACAAUGGUGACGACGAUCAGACGAUGCUGCUCAACUCAUUAUCAUCUUUUACACAACAAAAUUGCGGGAGUUCACGAGUUAUCACGGAAACUUGUGACAAGGGCAAAGCAGUUGCAGCUUCUUCGACUAAUGAUGAGUGUAGUGGAAACUUUUCAUUGACAAUCGGUGAUGCUUCAUUUGGUACUAAAACAAGCAGCGAAAAAAGACGAACAAAAACUGAGAAGACUAUUAGCUUGCGAGACCUUAGGCAGCACUUCUCUGGGAGCCUCAAAGAAGCUGCCAAGAGCAUUGGAGUGUGCCCAACUACAUUGAAAAGAAUAUGCAGACAGCACGGGAUAACGAGGUGGCCCUCACGAAAGAUCAAGAAAGUUAGUCACUCGUUGAGGAAGCUUCAACUUGUGAUUGAUUCAGUACAGGGUGCUGAAGGUUCUAUUAAGCUCAGUUCUUUCUAUAACAACUACCCAAAUCUCGUCUCUCCAAACCUUGUACGAGGAAGCAGCCACUUGCAACCGUCGGAAAAUCAGUCAGAUGGUAAUAACUUGUCAAGUCCUUCAAAAUCACCUCCCUCCUCUGACGGCAGUCACAGCUCCAGCUCAAGUUUAUCUUGUUCUACUGGGGCGAAGCAAUCAUCGUCUAUUCCUAUCAAUGGAGAUGCUUUAUCAGCAGAAAAGAAUGGAGUGAUGAUGCUAAAGAGAGCACAGAGUGAUGCAGAAUUGCACGAGAAAUGCCAAGAAAAGGAGACAAAGCUUCUGAUGCGAUCUUACAGCCAUAAGAUUGUGCCUAGUUUCAGAGUGAAAGUUGCUUUUGGGGAAGAAAAGAUUCGAUUCGGUCUGCAACCACAGUGGGGUUUUAGAGAAUUGCAAGAAGAGGUGUUGAGGCGUUUUAACAUAAGCAGUAUUGGCAGUUGCGUUAGUUUAAAAUAUCUUGACGAUGAUGAUGAGUGGGUGCUUUUGACUUGUGAUGAUGAUCUUGAAGAGUGUACUUAUGUACACAGGUCAUCCAAGAACCGAAUAAUCAAAUUGGCAGUGAAUCAAGCUUCUUAUCCGAAUCUUGGAAGUUCAUUUGGCAGUAACGGGCCAUAGUACUGAACAUUACUAGUUGUGCAAUAUAAUCUAUGUAGUGUGUUGUAAAGUGUUCCUCAGGGCUUUCUGCAUGUAUUAUGGCUCUGUUUUCUUGUCUUCCCUUUUUCACUUGUAUGGAAAUUUUGUUGUUUGUAAUAUAAAAUACAGCUCUGAUAAAAAAGAAUUGUUCCGAGUA